AUGUCGAUUGCUGUGCUUUUGUGUCUAAAGAGAAUCAUACUUAUAAUUAAUAAUUUUUAUGAACCUACGUUUUUGUUUAGUUUAUAUACGGAACACCGAAUGAUCAACGCAAGUCUUUCACUAAAGGAACAUUACAACCGACCAACUGGUUUACUAUCAAAUUACAUGGAUCAGCUUGUCAGAGGGCUAUCUACGCAGAAUACACAAAAAGUCGAUAUGCUAUUUACUCAAACUCUUACAAAUUACUUAUACAGUGCUCAUCCCAGCCACGGGUUUGGAAUGGACAUUGUCAGCUUGGAUAUACAACGAACCCGCGAUCAUGGUAUACCAAGCUACUCAGAAUUCAGAAAAUAUUGUGGACUAAAAGCUAUAAGAAGUGUACAAGAUUUAUCUAAGAUCAUGGUUGAAGGUUCAACUGAUAAACUAUUGAAGCAAUACAGAGAUUGGACAGAUAUAGAGCUAUUGGUAGGUGCAUUGUUUGAGAAACACGAAGACGACUCAAUGGUUGGGCCUACGAUGAGAUGUAUUAUUAGAGAACAGUUUAUAAGAACUAGAAUGGCAGAUAGAUAUUUUUACGAUUUACCAAAUAUAUUCAAUGAAUAUCAACUGACAGAAAUCAGAAAAGUGACGCUUGCCAGAAUCUUUUGUGAUAACAGCAAUAAUGUCACAAUGAUGCAGAAAAAAGUAUUUUUGAUACCUGCGAUGGCUGAUUUGCAACUCUGUAAUUCCCGAUUAAUUCCAAAAAUCAACAUCAAUCACUGGUCAGAAAUGGUGGAUACAUUUAAAAAAUAA